AAAGCAUUAAUCAUUGGAUCACGCUGUGUUCGGAAUAGCGUGAUUGCAUGUUCCUGCUAUGUACCGUUUUCAGGUUGAAUUGGCUGCCCACUCGUUACUUGUUAAGAGUCAUCGUAGGCGCGCGGUUCUCCGUUAUCUUUUGAAUCCAUUCCAAGAAUUUUCUUUUCGACGCGUAUCCCUUCAUCUGAUUGUUCAUUUUCUUGAGUCAUCGCACAAUGGUGAGCAAACUCUGGUGCCAAGAGAUUGGUCACAGGUGGAGACAAGCGGCCAAACAGGAGCCACCACAGGCGCGUGUGCUGUCCGAACCAAAGUGCCAGUCGUACGUGGCCAUCUGGUAUCUGUACUACCGUUGGAUCAUCUUCGUCGUCUGGGCCGCUUUUGUCAUAUGUUCAGUGUUUGAAUUUGGCAGUUAUAAACCACUAAUGCAGUAUGAGAAAUGGCCAAUCUAUCUGACCAACUGGGACAUAGCUCUGGGCUUUAUACAAGCGCUGAUUGGUGGUAUCCUUGUGUCGAAGCGAUGGCAAUUGCAGAAGAUAUCCGGCUUUGAUCCUUGCAAUCUCAAAUUGGAAUCCACUGAGCGGCUGUAUUGGUUUCUAUACGUUGUCACGACCAACAUGGCAAUUGGCGUGACGGUAUGCUACUGGCUCGCCGUAUAUAAUCCAGCGAUUCAUCAGAUGGAUCCGCUCAAUAUCAUGAUGCACGUGUGUAACAGCGUGCUGAUGCUGAUUGAUCUAUUUGUUACUAACAUACCAUUCCGUCUGCGAAACUUCUGGUGGUGCCUAUCGAUCGUUAUGUUCUAUGUAAUCUUCUCAGUGAUUUACUAUCUUGCUGGCGGCCUUGACAAAUAUGGUUGUCACUACAUCUACAAAAUCCUUGAUUGGAAGAAGCCGAUGCGGACGUCACUCGUUUGUAUUGGCGGUUUCACAUUCGUGACGGUGCUGCAUUGCAUCACUUGUUUGUUGGCGAACAUCAGAGACCGGAUCUAUCGCAAGAUCGAGAAAAUCAACAAAUCCGUGCAGAUAAAUAUGACGAAUGAUAAACCGCUUCCAGAAAAACCAACGGAAGUAGUUUAAUCAUUAAAAAUUUAUUUAGAAAUAUUUGUUAUAAAUAUCCUCAGCACGU